GUGAAGCAGAUGUCAUGUUCGACGGCAUGGUUUGGUUCGGCUGGGCAGGAAAAUUUCGUGAGGCACAAAGACAAUGACCGGGAGCAAAGUCACACUCUUCGCCACGCAGUUCACAGUAUCAAAAAAUAUGGCGUGGUCGAGGAGAACCGCGGGUCUGCUUUCUCUCAAUUAUCCCACGGUGACACGUUGCCCCACAACAUGAUAACAUUUGCGCACUACGCCAAGGGUUUCUACAUAGCUAAGCAGCAGUUCCCUGACAAUCCAAACGUCAAGUGCACGGAAAGAAAUGGAUUGCACGUCAUUGCUUUCAGUUCCAGGAUGCCCAAGGAGUGCGUUGCAUGGAUUCGGGAUUUCUCCAACCAAUUCGUCACUGGAGGUGUGAGUUUCGUUGAGACUAUCGAUUGGGUUCGAAUCGUUGAUGCGCAGUGGCUCGCCCAUGCAGAUGCAAACAAAAUCCAUAAAGUCGUUGGCGCCAAAGGCAAAGACUCACUCCGGUCCAAGACGUGGGAGUGGAUCAAUUCGAACCAUAAAGAUUUGGCCCCCCCCAAAGGGGAAAUCAUACCGACCAUGGGUGUCUUCGAGAAUGCGAAAGCACUCAUUUCUAAACUUGACGAGCUUGGAUGGGAACAAAAAUGGAGAGCGCACAUGUUCGCGAUCACUUGCUUCAAUGACGGUCGCGUCAAAACAUCUUCGGUCAUAAGUACACUGAAUAAUUGGUUGUUGUUCAUAUCCAAAAAGCAAGUGAAAGACGUGCUGUCAGAGGAGAACCUCGAGAUUUUUGCUUUCCAAGCUUUUGCCUUCAUGGUCCCAACGACUUCUCAGAAGGAGGAGGAGGAUAUCUCAGCAGGCAUGGGCGAUGAUGCCCCUGAUCCCAUCAGAGAGAGAUCUGGAGUGCUCGACGAGAUGGGCAUUGUUGACGUAGCCCUGCGUUCGGAUGGCACCCGCCCCCCGUGGAUCUUCUUUACGCAAGGCCGGGCCGACCAACCUGCCAUGUUCAAUUUGGCGCUCACAGAUAUAUCCCAAUCCAAAGUCUACGUGGCGGCCAUCGCAGACUUGAAAAAGUGCAGGGAGCUGGGCAUAUCUCUAGCGCAAGCGCCAGACGUGAGCAAACAGAAAAAGCGAGGCACUGGAGGCAAGGCGAAGCCCAACGCCAAACGCAGGAAACAGGCAGAGGUCCCUGGUGAAGGCGAUGCAGCUUCGCCUCCAGUUGCCCCCCCUGCGACAGACGGCGACGCUCAACCCGCAACGGGUGCGGGGGAAUCCCCGACGCCUGCCAGCAGCGAGUUGCCCCGCUUGCAGCAUAUGAAGCCCAUCCAGUUCGUUGAUGCAGUCAGCCUCGUCGACAGCUUGGUCUCCUCAGAUUUUGCGCUGAGCCGGCCCAUCACCUGGCUCGAGGACCUGCAGCUCGUGGUUGACUCGUCGAUCGAAGCCGCCACGGUUGGUUGGCCCACGGAGGACAGAUCUUCGACGUGCCGUCCCUUGAAAGAGUACGCUUUCUCCAUCGCCCUCGAAUUUCUAUUCAAAGAGCAGGUCACUAUGGGUAGGAAGUUAAUCAAAGGCUGGUCCUCCCUACGCGUAGAACUGAAGAGGGUGAUCGUGGAGGCUGCCCGGAAAUGUGCUGAAAAAUCCAUCAGGAGCCGCCCAGGCAUUACAAAGGACAGCAUCGCUGCAGCCCUCAAGACGCGUGAGUCAGCGCGCCGGGAGGCCGAAUCGGAUCUCUCAGAGAACGCGAAGAUGGUUGUCACCAUGGCCGACGACGAGGACGAGCGCUUCAGCAACUUCAAGAAGUUCUGCGCAGCCAACAACAGCAGGGUGCCCGUAGCGUACCAGCCAGCAGUUCAAUCCCUCGGACAGAACUUCAUUAACCAGCUCAUGUCUACCACGGGAGCCGAUUCAUUUCAGCCAACGGCCUCUUUGAAAGACGUGUUUACGGUGUUGUGGCCGCUCAUGCAGGAGUGCAUCAGCGAGCAUUGGCUCAGUAUGUGCAAGACCAUCGGCCAGGAGAUGGCACAUGUCGGCCGAGAUAUCCCGUCGAACGUGCUUGAGGUUUUCCCUGAUGUCGAUGUCACGAACGAGUUGUUGUCCAGGCGGAGCGCGUAUACUUUGCACAGCCUCACGGGAUUGUUUCUUCGAGCAGGAGCGACAAAAGAACUUAUCAUCACGCUCACAGACGAGAGAAAGGACCCGUUGGAUACACGUGCGUUGCAACUCUUGUCAGGGAAGCUCCAGGAGCUCAUGGUGAGCGGGGUUCUAGGUGGCAAACCUGCUGUUGCUCGGGAGAUUGCGAUCAUGGAUGGUCGCUUGAUCGGCGUGGCUCCCGGGGUGUGGGUCGCCGCCUGGUCGACGCUCAUCCAAAAAAUCUCUCGGCAGCUAACUGCUGGGACGAAACACCUUCUGGAAGAUACCACGAGGGUUGCGUUGACGCUGAACGGGGUGGGUGCGUCGGAGGAUCCAGCUGGGGCACAACGAGAGUUAGAUGCGGAUGAUGAUGGCGAGACCGAGCUUGGCGGCUUUGCAGAGGACAGCAGCGCCGCGAAGGAGGGCGAGAAGGACAUCUCUGUAAAGAAGGAGCCCGUGUCGGCUGACCAUCCCGCGCCGGGGGGCCCUCCUGGGGCGGCAGCCGGCAGCGAGCAGCAGCAAGAGGCGCCUCAGACAGGAGCGCCGUCAAAGGCUCCGCCAGAAGGGCCAACGCCAUCUGCGCAGGACAAUGACACUCCAGUGUUGGGGCCAGAUGGGUCACAGAUGGUUGAAUUGGGCUUGCUGAAGAAUAUCUUCAGCUACGUCGACACCGAGGCGCUGUCAGCAGCCACGCCUGCAAUCGCAGGAGAGACUGCCAGGAUGGCGUUUAUGACGAAACACUCCCAGAAAGACGCAGUGUUCAAAAUUCCCCAAAAAGAGCUUACAACUGCCUACGUCCACCAGCUAUGCCUCUUCCUCGAGCUGGAGAUGGUGAUCAUGGCAGGCUCGGAACCAGAGGCGGGUGACAAGGUGCGCGUGGCCAGCGGGCCGCAAACAGAGAGCCUGCUCUUCACCAGGGAGGCGAUGAACGACAAGCCAAUGUAUUUCGCGGGCCCUGUCAGGACCACUCGCGGCACUGACUCCUCGUUCCACAUCUGCACGAUAAGCGGCGUGGACGAGAACAACAGGGAGACGGGUAUGCAGAUUCCGUUGUACAUGGUGAAGAGCCCUG